AUGUCUUCACCCCACCAGACGACUCCGCGGACGUCGAAGUCACCGUCGAAACGUAAAUCGGUAAGUUUACCUGCUCGUGCUGCUAACUUGCAGACUCCGAUGAGUAUAUCGUCUGCCACCGCGCAGUUGCUCACCUCCACCAAAGCCUUGCUCCAAUCUUUAACUGCCUGGGCCAACAAAACCGCUUCUGUUGGUGAGGUUUCUGCCAAAUUCGUUCAAGUGGGUGAUGAUUUCAAGGCUCUUCGAAGAGCAUACGUGGCUGGUGGUGUUGACACUAGCGAUGUUAAAGACAUUCCGAAUUUAUUAAGGAAAGUGCUAGAGGAAUCACUAAUUUUGGAGCCGUCACAAAGCACGCUCGACAUGUUUCUUCCAAAAGUUGGUGAAAUAGUAGCAGAAUUGAUGAAGAUAUUGAAAGAAAAACAGGCGGAGUCUCAAUCAGUUGCUGAAAAACGCAAGUCUCAAAACCACCGCUCUGUCUCGGGCCCAGCUAAUGUGUCUGCUUCCGCAACUAGUCCUCCGCUUCCUCCACCGCCAUCGGAGUCUCAAAACGAUGCUAUAUCUCGUCUUCAAAACAAUCGCUCUCUUAUGAGGAAAGCGUCGAAGCGUUUCUCUGCUUACCAAACUUCAAAAAUAAUGUCCAUGAAUGCUAUCAGCCCUCGCAAUUCCCCGGCUCCGUCUGAGAAACAGACGUUAAGCCCGGAACCACCAAGCAGUCCUUUGCAAGCAGAAGUUUCGAAAAACAUCAAAAAGUCGGAGAUUCAUCAGCAGCUCACAGCUCCAUCGAUCACUUUAGAGGAGGCUUUCGAUAGUAGGAAGACUAUUUUUGUUAAGCUCGAAGGACGCAUCAAAAAAGCACAGAUUCAAUUACCAACCACAAUCACUCAAUUGCGCACCCUUUUCACAGAAAAGUUUGGAUAUGUGCCUGAGAAUGAAUUUCCGCCCAUUUAUAUACAGAUGUCGCCAACAGACAUUGCAUACGAGCUUGAGGAUACCUCAGAAGUCACGGAUUCUGUCAUUAUAUCACUUUUAGAACCUGAUUUCACAACCACAUUAAUGAAAGAGAUGAAGAGUCAAACAGAAACGCUGCGGAAUGAGAUUAUAAAGCUAGAAGCGAACUUGAGUGGUCGUAUAGGAGAUUCAAGAGCAAGUGUAGUCGUGAAAGAGCCAGCAGUCAUUUCAUCAGACUCCAAUCUGACCUCAACUGAUAUCACGACUGAAAUCGAGACUCUCAAAAAUGAACUUACAAAAGCUAGACAGCUACAAAAAGCACUAAAAAAGCGUGUUGGUGCGGCAAUUGAAGAUGCGCUGGAGCUAGUAGAAAACUUUCAAAGUUCAUCUCUAUCUCCCGAGGGAGUUAUUGGCGACCCUUACAUGGAACAAUGCAAACGUAAGGUUAGUUCGGAAUGCGAAAACCUGGUCACUAGAAUUGAUGACUUACAAGACAUCAUUGAAGCUUUGAAACUGGACAUUAGCAAGCGUGGAAGCAAGCCUACACAAAAACAAAUUCUUCAUGUUCAAAAAGAACUUCAGAUGACCAAAACGAGUCUUUCCUCGCUUUUGCAAUAUAUGUCCAUCGAACGCAAGAACUGGAACGCCAGGUGGCAAGCAGAGCUUACUGCAGUCCUGGAAGAGCAAGAAUUUUUCAAAGAGCAGGAGACUAUUAUACAUUUGCUUGAGGAAGAUUUAAGUUCUGCGGAUGAUACAUAUGCGCUGAUAGUGAAAUGCGUUGAAGAGUUGGAGAAAAAUCCAAAACUGAUGCGUGGUGGAAGCAUAGCUCUUCCUCCUCCAGACCCAUCUGUUUCAAUAAGCCAAAUGAGAAAUGCCUUAAUGGACGAAGUUCUCAGUUUGAAGCCAGAUCAUGAUUCCAGGGUCGAGGCCAUUAUGAAAGCCGAGAAAGUUAGGGAGAAGGAGAGGGAGAUUUUGAUUGGCAACCAGGCCCAGGACGAAACUGCUGAGUCAUCAGAGAUCCAGGGCGAUCAUAGGAAUAAUAAUGAUGAACGGUGA